CCGAGGGCGUGAGAGUCCGCUGUCUGUUGUUUUCUGCGCGAAGCUGUCAGUUCCUGCGAGCAAGAUCUCCAUCCUUUGUCCAGAGCAGAACAGAAUGGCCAUGUCUCAGGAAUCAUUGACCUUCAGAGAUGUGUUUGUGGACUUCACCUUGGAGGAGUGGCAGCAACUGGACUUUUCUCAGAAGAACCUCUACAGGGAUGUCAUGCUGGAGAACUAUGGCCACGUGGUCUCUGUGGGAUACCUGGUGGAUACACCAGAUGUGAUCUUCAGGUUCGGACAAGGAGACGAGGCCAGGAGGGAAGAUGGAGAACCCAUAAUACAGAGCUGUCCAGAAUUCUGGAAAGUUGAUAACCAGAAAGAUAACCACAAGGAAAGCCAAGAUAAAUCUCUGUGGCAAGCUACAUUUAUACACCAGGAAACUCUGAAGGAUGCGAGUGACCAAGAAAUAAGAACAUGCGGAAAAAUUAUUUAUCCCAGCACAGACUUUGUUUCUAUAAGACAAAGACUCCUUAAAUAUUAUUCAUGGGAAAGAUGUCCAAAACAUAAUUUGAACUUUCUGAGUCAAAAUAGAAGCUAUGAAAAAAAGAAAGAUGAUGAAUAUCAGGCAUAUUGGAAAUUGUGCUUCUGUUCUAAUCUUGAUAAAGCUCAACCUGGAGAGAAAAUCUUUGAACCUAAACACCAUGGAAAAGCCUUCCACCAUAAGCAAGCCCUUAAAAGUCAGAAAAUUCAAACUGGGGAGAAACCCUAUGAAUGUUCUGACUGUGGAAAAGCAUUUAUCCAGAAAGGAAACCUUGCUGUACAUCAGAGAACUCACACUGGAGAGAAACCUUAUGAAUGCUGUGAAUGUGCAAAAGCCUUCAGCCAGAAGUCAACCCUCAUUGCACACCAGAGAACUCAUACAGGGGAGAAGCCCUAUGAAUGCAAUGAAUGUGGGAAAACCUUUAUCCAGAAGUCAACUCUAAUUAAACAUCAGCGAACUCAUACAGGAGAGAAACUAUUUGUAUGUAGUGAAUGUACAAAAACUUUUAAGAGUUCAUAUCACCUUAUUAGACAUGAAAAAACACACAUUAGACAAGCAUUUUAUGAAGGUAUCAAAAGCCUUAUGCAUCAGAGGAUUCACAUGGGUGAGAAACCUGAAUGCAAUAAACACAGGAAAACCUUUUAUAAGAAACCCACCCCCAUUAAACAUCAGAGAAUGCAUACAAAAGAAAAUUUUGAGUGUAACGAAUGUGUAAAAAGCUUCAGGGGAAAGUCAGACCUCUCUGUUCAUCAGAAAAUUCACACAGGAGAAAAACCCUAUGAAUGUAGCAUAUGUGAGAAGACUUUCAGUGGAAAAUCACACCUCUCUGUACAUCAUAGAACUCAUACAGGAGAGAGACCUCAUGAAUGCAGAAGAUGUGGGAAAGCCUUUGGUAAGAAAUCGACCCUUAUUGUACAUCAAAGAACUCAUACAGGAGAAAAACCCUAUAAAUGCAGUGAAUGUGGGAAAGCCUUCAGUGAGAAGUCACCACUGAUUAAACACCAGAGAAUUCAUACAGGAGAGAGACCCUAUGACUGCAGUGACUGUGGGAAAGCCUUUAGUAGAAAGUCAACUCUCAUUAAACAUCACAGAAUUCAUACAGGGGAAAAACCAUAUGAGUGUAGUGAAUGUGGGAAGGCUUUCUAUGUGAAAUCAACUCUCAUUGUACAUCAUAGAACUCAUACGGGAGAGAAACCCUAUGAAUGCAAAGAAUGUAGCAAAGCCUUCAGUGGGAAGUCAACUCUCAUUAAACAUCAGAGAAGUCAUUCAGGAGAUAAAACCUCUUAAUAUACUUAAGAGUGGGGUAACAUCACUAGCAGUUAUACUUCAUUGUAUAUCAAUUCAUCCUCGGGAGUAACUCUUAAAGGUCAGAAAUUCUUCAUAUAGUAUAUAAUGUUCAUUUAACUUAAUAAAAAGUAUAAUUGCAGAA